AUGGCUGCUGAAGGUAUUUAUAAGCAAAAUGCAAGUGACGUUAGUACUAAAACCCAUGAUAGGAUUGACUUAACAAUGCUAAAUCAACAAAAUGAGUCAGAUUUGAAAUCUGUCUUUUUAAGUAAUAUUGACUUCGAAAUCACACCAAAUGAAAUUGAAGAUUUUUUCCAGGAUUGUGGAGAGGUUGUUAGGAUUACGUUAUUCAAUAAUAAUAAAUAUAUCCAUAGAAAUCAUAAACAAGGAUUUGCAUAUGUAGAAUUUGAUAGAGAAGCAUGUGUAGAGAAGGCUCUUCUACUUAACGGAUCUAUCUUAAAGGGUAGUAGGGUCAAAAUUCGAAGAAAAAGAACAAAUAUUCGUUCAUAUCACAAAAAGAAAAGUAAAGGAUGUCCAAUUUCAAAUCCGUCACAACUGACACCAAAAAUGUAA